CAGUAUUCCAAAACAGUGCUAACUGAUGUCCUGUACAGCACCAAAACGACCUCUCAACUAUUAUGCUCUUAACUAUUAACGCAGUGACCAAUAAAGACAAGUGUACCAAAUGCCAUCUUCACUGCCCUGUCUCCCUGCAACUCCAUUUUCAAGGUAAAUUGUCUCCUAUUUGAAACCAACAUAAACUUUCCCUCUCAAGUUCAACUGGUGGAACCAGUUUCACACCCUUGAAAUAUUUAAAGAUUAAUAAAGUUACAUAUCACUAUCAACAUCAGUCAGUGUGAAACAUCUGCUGACCACACCCAUGUUUCAGAAAAACGAAGUGAAGAACAAAGAAACAAAACAGUUCAGCUCCGACAUAUUCCGGAAUCCAGAGAAACACGCAGCAUACAGCUUUUUCAUACAAUAAUGCCACUUCAUCUUACGGUUGACAAUGACUUGGCUUAUUUGGUACCUUUCUUCAUUGCUGUCUGCAUCUAUACGAUCAUCCAUUUGAUAUCAUCUGCACCUCUUUGGCUGCUCGGAUUGACGAAAAUCUUGCCAAUCAUCAGUUUAUGCAUAUUUGUUGUAUGCAAAAUAUUUCAAUACAAUCAUCGCAAUCAUCAAAAACUACUUAUGGGCCUCAUAUGUUCAGCGAUGGGUGAUGCGUUUCUCCUUAAAGAUGACAAUCAGUUUUUAAUUGGAGGUGGGGCCAUGUUUGCUCUUGCCCACUGUUUGUAUACGUGGGCCUUUGGGUUCAAGCCUCUGAAUCUCCGAGCAGCGAGUUUAGUUGCCUUGGUCGUCGGGUUGGGUUGGAUCUUUCUCAGCAUGUGUUCAAAGGUAUGGCAGAUGCUCCUGCUCUGCUGUUACUGCGCCUUGAUUGGGAUCAUGUCCUGGAGAGCCAAUGCUGAAGUGCUAUUUCAUCAUCCAAGAACAAGAACAAAGGUGACUGGCGCAAUUGGAGCUGUACUUUUCAUGGUAUCUGAUUUCACUUUGGCGAUAAACCUGUUAUGUUUUCAAGUUCCACAUAACCAGCUAAUUGUCAUGAGUACAUACUAUGCAGCACAACUGUUUAUUACCCUCAAUAUUGUUAGAGAUAAUCAAAAAAAAGAGUGACUCGAUUGUCCUUAACUGUACAAUUGAGAUUGUUUGAUGUUACAAUCUCCAGUGUUUUUUUUUUGUUUUUCAUGAAUAAACAAUUAGUACAGAUACAAAAACAGAAGGUGUUGGAAAAGCUCA